AUGGCCGUGUCUCCCGAAGAUUUUUGGAGAGUGUCAAUGUGGGAAAUUGCUAAAGAGGUGUGGGAUAUUCUUGAAACUACACAUGAGGGAACUAAAAUGGAUGAAUCUUCCGAUACUGAGUCUCUGAGGGACGAUGAAAUUGCUUACUUUGUGAAGAAAUUUCAAAAGGCUCUCAAGAAUAGGAGAAAGCCUCAGGAUAGAAAAAGUGGAGUCCCUAGCAGAUUCUCAAAAGAAAAAACUGAAAGGUUUAACAAUAAAAGUUCUAGUGAUAAACCACGUUUGGGUAAGGCCUUAGCCGUUUCAUUUACUGAUAACGAGUCUGAGACCAGUGAUAGGCAGGAGUCAUCUAGUAGUGAAGAUAAAGGGAACUAUAUGGCAUUUGUGUCGACUAUUAAGAGUGAAUCUGAUAAGGAGAGUGACAAGGUUGAAGAAGAACUUUACAACAAUAAUUCUAGUAAUGAGGAUGAGGAUGACAUAAACAUACAUGAGGCCUACCAACUCUUAGAAAAAGAGAAACAUGCUAGUAAUCUCCAGAAUUCACUUAAGAGUGCCAGUGAGUUAAAAUGUGUCAAUGAGAAGUUGGAAGACAAGGUUAAGACAUUAACUAGUGAAUUGGAAAAAUCUAAUGCUCAUCUUCAGACUUUCAUAAGUGGAACUAAGAAAUUGGAUGAUAUUUUAGGAAUGAAUAAGCCUACGGGAGAUAGGAAAGGUCUAGGAUUUGUUGAGGGUAAUACACAUGGUGCUGGUCCAUCUAAAACUGUAUUCAUUUCUGCCUCUAGGAAGUCUAACGCUGUCAACAGUCCAAAUAAGGAUAAGAAUGUUUCGAGGGAACAAAGUCAUCAAUCAUGUAGAAAUUUUAUGCCCAAACACCCACAGACAUGUACCUUUGAGCCUAGCUUCAUUCCCACCUAUCACCACUGUGGAGCUCUAGGACACACUAGGCCUAGAUGUUAUAAGUUAGGCAAUGAGCGUAGAAAUCAGAAUAUUCCAAGUCAGGUCAGUUUUCUGACUAAUCAAGUUAGUCAUUUGACUGAGAUGCUUACUAGGCUGACUAGGAUUACCACGUCAUCUAAGAAAGUUUGGGUUAAAAAGGAGGAUCUAGCUGGACUUUCAGGUCAGGUAAAUUGCUAUGGUGCUCAUGUUGCAUUAAAAGCCCAAGAUUUCAAUAUGUGGUACCUUGAUAGUGCUUGUUCUAGGCAUAUGUGUGGUAACAAGGCUUUAUUCACUACUCUUGAUGAAUGCAAUAGGGGUAUGGUUACCUUUGAAGAUGGGGGCUCUGCACCUAUUUUUGGCAAAGGUACUAUACAAAUACAUGGAUUACCUGUGAUCUCAAAUGUGCUUUAUGUGGAAGGUUUAAAGUCGAACUUGUUAAGUAUUAGUCAGAUUUGUGAUGCUAGUUUUGAGGUUAGCUUUGUGGAAAAGAGAUGUACCGUGUAUGAUUCAUUCAGUGGGGGUGGUCCUUGA